AUGAAGCAGCAGCAGCAGCAGCAGCAGCAGAAGAAGAAGAAGAAGCAGCAGCAGCAGCAGCAGCAGCAAUCGACUCACGAAAGCUGCGCUGGAAUGCUACUGCAGCAACAGCAGAAACUGCAGCAGCAGCAGCAGCAGCAGCAGCAGCAGCAGCAGGAGUCUCCCGUCGCCCCCCCCCAGCAGCAGGCAUCCGCCGCCCCGAAACCCUUCCCCACAACCACCAGCAGCAGCAGCGUUUAA